GUUCAAGGGUAUUGUGAAGAAAAUCAAAAUUUUAACGCUUGCGUGGAAUGGCGCCCCUUCUGGGAGGGAAGACGAAGAUUCCGAAUAUAUUUUCCCAAGAUUUCCCGUUCGCCAUGGCCUCAUCGUCCGCCGCCGCUCUUGAGAUUAUCGACGACGACGAUGAAUUUGACUGGGACGCAGCUGUGAGAGAGAUCGAUGUGGCUUGUGAGGCCAAUGGCGUCGCCCUUCCCGUCAACGGGGCAUUCCCUUCGUCUUCUGAUGGAGUUGCGACUUCGACUUCCAUCCCAAAUAGGAAAACGCUCAAAACCCCCAAUGGUUGUGGCCUUGCGUCUGGGAAGCAGUCGACUCUUGAUAUGUUUAUGGGAUUUCCGCCUAAGGCUAAGAAUGCCGAAACCGAACCCCACAAUCCAAACGGCGUUGGAGUCAGAAAAGAGGAGUUUGGUAAUGAGGAGCAUGACAGGGUUUGCUUCGUUCCACUUGAUUUGGAGGCAGCCAAAACUUGGAUUUAUCCAGCAAAUCUUCCCCGUCGGGAUUAUCAAUUCGAAAUCACGAGGACGGCACUAUAUUCCAAUACCUUAGUGGCAUUACCUACUGGGCUUGGAAAAACAUUCAUCGCUGCCGUUGUAAUGUAUAAUUAUUUUAGGUGGUUUCCAGAAGGAAAAAUAGUUUUUGCAGCUCCUUCUAAGCCCCUAGUUUUGCAACAGAUUGAAGCAUGCCAUAACAUUGUAGAUAUACCACAGGAGUGUGCGAUUGAUCUUACUGGUCAAACAAGUCCUAUUAGAAGAGCUAGCUUUUGGAAAGAAAAACGAGUUUUCUUUGUUACUCCACAAGUGCUGGAGAGGGACAUCCUUUCUGGUAUAUGCAUGGUGAAACAUCUAGUCUGCUUGGUGAUUGAUGAGGCUCAUCGUGCUACGGGGAAUUAUUCUUAUUGUGUAGUUGUUCGCCAGCUGAUGGCCGUACCUAUACAACUCAGAAUACUGGCUUUAAGUGCUACGCCUGGAUCUAAGCAGCAGGAUGUUCAGCAUAUUAUUGAUAAUUUGCAAAUUACAACACUAGAAUAUCGCAGUGAAAGUGACAGAGAUGUGCUCCCUCAUGUGCAUGACCGAAAGAUAGAACAUAUUAAGGUCGCUAUGGGACAGGAGGCUGAUGAAAUUAAUAAUCUUCUCAUGGAUGUAAUAUUGCCAUUUGCUGCACGGCUUUCUGCAUUUGGAGUACUUCCGAAUAGGAAUUACCAGACACUCAGCCCAUUUGAGAUAAUUGAUGCACGGGCCAAUUUUCGUAGAGAUCCACCAAAGGACAUUCAUGAAAUAAAGUAUGGAGAUAUUGAAAGAUAUUUUGGAGUCCUUUUGACACUGUAUCAUGUUCGAAAGCUACUCUCAAGCCAUGGAAUAAGGCCUGCAUUUGAGAUGCUUGUUGAAAAGCUGCGAGAGGGGUCGUUUGCUCGACUAGUGAGUAGAAACGAAAUUCUUUUAAAAGCAAAACUCCUAAUGCAGAAAAGUGUAGAUCAUGGAGCUCCAAAUCCAAAACUGUCAAAAAUGCUUGAGAUAGUGAUUGAUCACUUCAGGGAUGGUUCGGAUCUGAUCAGGGGCUGGUUCGAAUCUGAUCAGAGGCUGGUCUGGGUCUGGGUUUGUUUUCUUUUGGAGGUUGCUUGGUUUUGGGCUGUUAUUCCUUGGUUUUUUCUCUGGUUUUUUUUCUCUCGUUCUGCAAUGGCCGAGGACGGGAGGGUUCGAAUCGAGAAGUUCAACGGUACUGAUUUUGCAUGGUGGAAAAUGCAAAUAGAGGCGUUGCUUGGUGAGUGCAAUUUGGACAUGGUACUGGAAGAGAAACCGGAUGGAAUGGAUAAGGCUGCUGAAGCAAUUUGGGACUCAAAGGACAAAAAGGCAAAAGGUAAAAUUACACUAGCUUUGACGAGGAGUGUGGCGUUUAAUAUCAUGAAGGAAACAACUGCUCGUGGUAUGUUAACAGCUCUGUCAAAUAUGUAUGAGAAACCGUCGGCCGGUAAUAGAGUGUUCUUGAUGAGGGAAUUGUUCAUGAUGAGAAUGAACGAGGGCAGCCCAGUUGCUGAUCACAUUAAUGAGGUCAAUUCGAUCUUGUCGAGGUUAUCAUCAGUAGGCAUGAAGUUCGAUGAUGACACUCAGGCUAUGAUUCUGUUAUCUUCCUUGACUGAUAGUUGGUCGGGAUUUGUGACUACGGUUACUGAAAGUGCUGGAACAGGAAACUUGAAGUUUGAUCGGAUACGGGAUAGUGUUUUGGGUGAAGACAUUCGCCGGAGGAACGCUAGUGGAGGAUCUACUUCUGGGUUACUCAGAGUUAGCAGGGGAAGAGCAUGGAAAGCUAUGUUGACUCUUGGGUCAUGGAUUCUGGUGCUUCGUUUCAUGCCAUGCACAGCGGUAAAGUUGGGUAACGGGAAAAUCCUUAAAGUGACAGGCAUGGGAGAUAUUGAUCUAAAAACUUCAUUUGGAACUACUUGGAGCUUACAAAAUGUCAGGGUGAUUCCAAGACUGAAGACAAAGUUGAUCUCAGUCGGACAAUUGGAUGAACAUGGACUAGACGUCAAGUUUGGUGGUGGAAAAUGGAAGGUGAUCAAAGGAAAUUUGGUUAUUGCUCGAGGCUUGAAAAGAGGAUCGUUAUACAUGGUACCGGUGACGUCUGAGGGAGUGACCAACCCGGUAAAGACAGUUAACAAAGUCAGGCUCACUGAAUCGGGCAAAGCUAAGAAGGUUCAUUUUGCAAACGUGAAUCUUGGAGUUUUAGGGAUGACAGUUGAGUGUGUUCGGAGGUCUGAAUCAGGUCAGGGGUUUCGUGUCAGUGGGAGCAUGGGACGUGUUCUGAGUACAGUUGGGAAACGUCGUUGGGUUUUGAGGACCAAGAAUCCGAAUGUUAAAAUCUCUCUUGGGAAUAGUUUGCUGGAUUUGGAGAGUGGUAAUGGUCCUCGGUGUAUCUCUGGAUCCGGUGGAUUGUGCAAGCCGGUUGAGACAGAGGCUGUGGCGGUUACAGUCACGACUGGGUUGGAGCUCGGUGGAGCUUCAACUGUCCUUUCAGGCUUUAGAGCUUUGGGCUUUAAGCCCAGUCGGUUAAAGGGAAGAAAUAUGGGGGGCCGGUUUUAGUUAUUAAUUAAAGGGCCCAUUAGUUGUUUCUUGUUUAGCAAGUUGUUAACCCUAAUUUAUAUCUUAUAAAUACCCAAUCAUGUAACUAUAAUCUGUGAGCACCUAAUAAAAGAUAAACCCUAGU